AUGAACUCAUCUAACGUGCGGUAUCUGUUGAUGCGAGCUGGCCCGGCCAUCCAGGACCACAGCAGCAACAGCAGCAACAGCAGCAGCAGCAGCAUCAACAUCAGCAUCAGCAACGACAGCAACGACAACAACGACAGCAGCAGCAGCAUCAUCAGCAUCAGCCACAUCAACCUCCACCACAUACUCCUUCUAUGGAACCUCACGGCAGCUUACCCUGGGAUAUCGGUCCCUUCGCAUUAG